AUGGUCUGCUUAAUCAGCUCAAUGAUGGAGUUCGAGGGUUUCGAGACCCAGAAACCCAACGAGACCUCCGCUAUACGGCUCUGCCAUACCUCCUGUAAUCUGCUCGACGUGGGUACCCUCGAAUCAUACCUCGCAACGGUCAAAGGUUGGCUCGACCAAAACCCAUUCGAAGUCAUUGCCAUCAUGAUGGGCAACAACAACGGCCAGGACACUCGAAACCCAGCGACAGACUAUAUCGCACCUUUCCAAAGCUCGGGAAUAAUGGAAUACAUAUGGACACCACCUUCGGCUAGUCUGAACCUGACGGACUGGCCCACAUUGGCCGAGAUGAUUAUUAGGAAUAAGCGUGUCGUGGUGAUGUUGGACUAUGGCGCAGACCAGGAACAAGUCCCGUGGCUGCUCAGCGAAUUCAACUACCAGUGGCAAACACCAUUUUCGCCAACCGAUCCCGCAUUCCCAUGCACGGAGCAACGACCCCCGAACCAGCCAGAAGAAGUCUCACGCGAGCGCAUGUACGUGAUGAACCACAAUUUGAACAUCGAAGUCAGUCUCCCAGGCGUGAGCAGCAUCCUCAUACCGGCAUACUCGCUCCUCGAUGAGAUCAAUGCUGUGUCUGGAAACGGCAGUGUUGGCCUUAAUGUACAAAACUGCGAGAAAAUGUGGACUCGUCCGCCGAAUUGGAUACUCGUCGACUACUACAACUAUGGCAACUUUAAUGGCUCUGUCUUCCAGGUUGCUGCGACGGCCAACAACGUCACGUACAACGAGCAGUCGUGCUGUGGCACAGAGGGUACCAGCGCAGCGCAUGCUCUGAGAAGCCAAGGGCUGUUCAUAGCUUCAUUGUUCGUUGGCGCUUAUCUGUUGUGUGAACUCAUCGCCACUCCGCUCAUCAACCCGCAAGAGGUUCUCUCAACUUACGUACGGUGCUGUCCGCCACCCUCUGAUAAACUGGAGAUGCUCGAUCACGGAAAGGAAAAAUAUAAGUACACAUUCGAACCCGCACCUCGCCAGAACGACCCAGUCAUAAGGUAUAUUAUACGCCUUAUUCGCGACAUGAAGGCCAAACACAUCGGCGUCGCGGCCAUGAACUUUCGAGUAGAACCUACCGACAAGUCAUCGCCGUUCUGGCUGGCUUUACCCGACUACACUACGUACUGCAGCAAACUGUAUACCUUUGUGGACAGUGUCGAUGAGUUUCCAGUCACCGCUUGGGUAACUUUUGCCCCAGCAAUGCCCGGCCCAACGGAGAAUAAUCUACAUCUGAAGAUUGGUAAAGAAUGGGUUGUGUUGAAGGACUGGCUUCUUUCCAGCCAGAUGCCCGCCAAAGAAUUGGUUGGUGAAAAGGGCUACAGGGCGCAGCGCACAUGGUGGAGGCUCAAUGGAAAACAUUUUCGGCUCGCCGACCUCCCGACCGAGAUGCGCAUGAAGAUCUUCGAAUUCGCUCUCGGUCCUCGAAUCUACCCUUUGACUACAUCCAAGGACGCUGAGGUUCGUUUCGGCUUGGGCUUCCGCAAUUGGCAUGACAGCAGUAAAAUCGACCAACGCCACCCCUCACUGUUAUAUGGAGGACGUGAGCACCAAGUCACAGGCUGCUCCGCCUACGAGCCCAACAUUGCACUCUUGUCUAUCAACAGGCAGACCCAUGGCGAGGCUCUUCAGGCUGGCUGGGAGGACACCCGAAAGUGCUUCUUCUCACCAAUUCAGCUCAGAUCAGUUCUUGAGGCGAGUACUAAACCGAACUAUAACUGGCUCAAUCAUCUCAUUCUCGAUUUCACGAUGUCCGAUUGGUUCAGUUUCUUCGGCGUACGUGUGCGUUCAAACUUCUACAUGGACAGCGGUGUAUCUCUUGGACCUAUUCUUCCUACAUUGAACGGACUGUCAACUCUCCAGCUUUGGUUUCGAAGCCCGGAGGAUGGAGCAUGUUACUAUCCCUCUGGGAUGCGUAAUGUCAGGUGGGGCGUUAAGCACAGCUUUACCUGUUGUCAACGUACGAUGGUCGACUGGAUCAUGACGUUCGCCUGGCCAUUUGUAAAGGAUCUACCAAAGGUGAGACUAGGCGGUAUCCUGAAGAAGGACACAAAGGACAAGUGGAAUAAACUCCUUGCGCUACCUGCAAGGGACAAAAUCGGCAUCAUGGACCACGCUGUCGAGCAGGCGGCUAUUCUCGACACGCCCCCAGCAGAUAUGUAA